GUUUCAUCUUGUUUCUUACAUCAUGAUAUUUGAUGUUUCUGAACGCAGCCUUAAAGUUGUUAUUGCAAAUGGACAUUCGACGAUUUGGCAAAACUGUUGGGACGAGCAAUAGAUAGAUAAACGAAAAAAGAAACAAAGAUAUUAAAUUAAUAGAAUGAGUUAAAGGAUGUAUCGUAGUUGGGUAAAAAAUUAGAUGUGCUGGAUUAAGAAUAUAACAUAAGUGAGGUUAUAAGAGGGGAAAAAAAGAAGCAAAGUGAUUUAUUAUUUCAGAACAACGUUUCUUAUCCUGCAUUUUUUUGUUGUUUGGAAUGCUGUGGCCAUCCUAUCUACAUAAAGGAUGAGCAAAACAAGAGAACAAGCAGGUUCGUCCAAGUCAUCAGGUUCUACCGAGGAAAAGGAAAAAGAUGAGAGGAUGUUUGAGUGCAAUAUCUGUUUAGAUACUGCGAAGGAUGCAGUAGUCAGCAUGUGCGGGCAUCUGUUCUGUUGGCCCUGUCUGCAUCAGUGGUUAGAGACCAGACCUACUAGGCAAGUUUGUCCAGUAUGUAAGGCUGCUAUCAGUAAAGAUAAAGUCAUUCCGUUAUAUGGACGAGGUGCUACGAAGCAUGAAGAUCCAAGGAAUAACGUGCCACCGCGCCCGGCCGGUCAAAGGUCAGAGCCCGAAGCCAAUGUCGGUUUUCCCGGUUUUGGCUUCGGCGAUGGUUCCUACAUGAUGUCGUUCGGCAUUGGCACUUUUCCAUUCGCUUUCUUUACGUCGACUUUUAACUUUGGAGAAACAAGACCAAGCGCAGGAGUUUCUUGGUGGUCAACGGUUCAACAACGACGAAGUGAAAACUGCUGUCAUGGAUUGAGCUUCUUCACAUGCGGCAGAUUUUUUUGACGUCGGAAUUCAAAAACUUGUUGAGUGGUAUGACAAAUGUUCGAACAAAAAUGGCAAUUAUAUAGAAAAGUAAUGUAAAAAUAUGUAGAAUAUGGAAAAAAAUACAUUUUAAUAGUAUUUACAGUAUUUUUCUUUUUAUUAAAAAACGGAUCUUAUUUGAAAAAUACCCCUUGUAUUGUAAAAAUUAAUUUUUCUACAGAUUGACAUAACUUUCCGAAAAAUUAUUGUAUCGAGUUCCGCAAAAGCGUAUUUUGAAAGGAAAAUUUUGAACUUUUACGCUCUUUUUACUUCAUUGAGUUACGUUAAUUGCUUCACUCCACAAACUUCACGUUUUACUUUUCGAUUUUGCAAGUUUUUGUUAUGUCAUUGGCCAUUAGCAAGUUAAUCAUGCCACUUAAUCGGCAUUAAAAUUUUCUUAAAAUACAGGCUUCAAGCUUUAAUUUUGUUUUUGCAUUGUAACGGUACGCGGUUUCGAUGUAACGGUGCGGAAAUUCCGGGAUCAGUCCGGAUAAGACUCGUCGGUUGAUCAGAUGUUCGAAAUGAUCAUAUCCAGUGUUUAAGGUAAAAAGAAAAAGAAAAUGAUUUAUUCAUUAAUUGUAGUCGUUGACAAAAUAAUCAAGCGUAAUUUGGGUUACAAAUAAAAAGAGUUUGAUACGCUAACA